AUGUUUUAUUACAGUGUUGCUGAUCCUCAGUCAUAUAAUCCUGGUAAAACAAAUUAUGAUCCAAUCAAGGAUGCUUGUUGGAAACUCGGUGAUAAUUUAUCAUCGAAUGAUUUAGUUCAUUGUGUUUAUUUAUGUGUUAAUAAACUUUCACCAGAAUAUGAUGGAAUUGAAUUAGGUAUUGGUGAAACAAUAAUUAUGAAAGCUAUUGCUGAUAGUACUGGACGUACUGCAUCACGUUCAAUACAACGUACAAUGUUUAAACCAAAACCAUUAACUGUUUCACAUGUUUAUAAAAAAUUAAAAGAAAUUGCACAACUAACUGGAAAUAAAAGUCAACAACGUAAAAGUGACAAAAUAAAAAGUCUUCUAGUUUCUUGUCAAUCUCAUGAAAGUCGUUAUCUUGUUCGAUCAUUAAUUGGUAAAAUUCGUAUUGGUUUAGCUGAACAAUCGAUGCUUGUUGCAUUGGCACAUGCAUGUAUUUGUAAUCAAUAUUCAAAUUUAAAAGAAACAUUAUUAAAAGAACGUCUUGAUAAUGGUACACUUGUUGUUAAAGAUGGUUUUUGUCAAUGUCCAUCAUAUGAUAUACUUGUUGAUGUACUUGUUAAUAAAGAUGGAAUUGAUAAAUUAAAAGAUUUAUGUAAAGCUACGUCUAGUAUACCCAAUGAAACCAAUGUUAGCACAUCCAUCGAAAGGUAUUGA